AUGGGAAAAAUGAAAGGGAGUAUUAACGCUGAAGUGAGCGAGGGGGAUCCUGAUGAUGUUGUGAGAAAAGAAAAGAUGGGCCACGAGAGAGAUGAUCAUCAAAGUCCGGAAAAAAGUGUAACCUCAAAUGGAAUGAGUAAUUUGACCUCCAGGGGAGAGCAAAGCCAAAAGGAGCAUGCUCCCCCCAUAUGGGCGGGAAUGAACCACCACAUGAGGAUUACCAAACAAGGUAGCCCGAACAAAAAGAGCACAAGUGCGAAGAAGAAUUUUCCACUGAAGAGCAACAUCCUCGCCCCCAUGAGAAAACACACCAUCCUAAGGAGCACAGACACUAUAAGGGAAUGUAUCUCUGCGAAAGGUACUAUGUCGAAACAUUCAGUUGGAGAAACAAGACCAACAAGCGAAAUUGAACCAACCAUUAAAUCUCCCAUAUCACACACAUUCCAGAGGAAUGAAAGAAAAAAAAUAAAAAUGAAGAACAUCACGUCGAUACAGAUUCCCGCACACAGAAACGUAAGCAACUCUGUUAAGAGGAAUCCCCAACAAAUCCUAAAAAAUUACAUUUAUAUGAAGAAUAGUGAAAGGAACAAUUUUUACAUGAACACUAAAUGCACAGAUAAAAAAGGACAAACACAGAGGUUCCCUCUUCAUCUUCUAAAAGAGCGAAUACUGAACUUUACUAAAAGACCCAGAGAUAUCAUUUCAAAGCUAUCGAAAAACUGCAACAGUAGCAACCAUUUGGAGAAAAAUAAAAAAAAAAUAAAAGUUGAUAAGGCAGAAGAAAAUGAUGAUGUUAUCCUUUUGGACGGAGAUCAAAAUUUACCUUGCCGUUCAGGUGAAAAUGGGCCAAAAAGUAGUAACACAGAAAACAACAAUUUGUUGGAGGAGUACAAUAAGGGGAAGCACACAGUUGGAAGUAGCACCUUCACUUUUUUGAAAAUCCCCCUUGCAGUGAAACGGAAACAUGGUAAAAUUACCAUCAAAGGAAACAGCAUAGCAAUCGCCCGUGCGGGAAUAAAAAAUAAACAAAGUAGCGCAAAUAGCACGAGUAGACAAAAAAAUGACAGUGUAAAAUACGCACCCUUUAAAAAGAUUUUUAAUGAGGAGGAAGCACACAAGAUAGAACUGAAUUACGGCAAUAAUUUUAGUGGCAUGGAAAAGAAGGAAGAAGAAAAGGUAAAGAACUUCUACUCCAAGUUUUACAAAUGCACACAGGCCGCGCAUGAGGAAAGUGAGACCAACCCAGACUGUUCCAGGGACGCUUCAGAUCUGCACACUUUCUGCUUACGAACACUCGAUACGCCUUCCAAGUACUGCAAAUCGUGCAAGAAAUUUUUAAAAUUGCUCAUAUCUCACGGGACCAAGUACAGAGGAACGCUAAUAGGAAUAAACUUUAUCUGCUCAGAUGUGCAAAACCUUCUGUUCGCGUACAAGUGCGAUAAACAACAUGAAUUUAACCUGUCGCUCUUUCACAUUAUGCAUAAUUUAUGGUGCCCGCAUGAUUAUUGCUUGUUCGAGUGUAAGGGCAAGCAUGAGAAAAACUACGCGACUGAGUUUUUUCGCCUCAAAGAGUUGGACACCAUGGAAAAGCAGAAGGACCUAUUUUUGAAGGCCAAACUGUUUUUCCGCGUCUAUCCGGAGAAUGCCACGCCAGUCAACAGCGAAAACGCCAGCGGAGAAUGCACCGAUGAUGUUGAGAGAAUUAUAAGGAACGCCAACGACCCCUGGAAAGUUCUGCAGAUCAAGAAAAUUUCCAAAAUGGAGUUGUGUGACAAGGAGUUAAAAAGGGAAGCUAGGAAAAAUUACCGCGUCCUAGCCCUGAAGAUUCACCCCGAUAAGAACAAAAGUAAAAAUGCCACGUUAGCUAUGAACAUUUUAACCAACUCGAUGAAGGCAAUAACAUCCGCAUAG